AGUGCAGCUAGGAUCACUGCAGGCACAGGAUACUCAUCUUCUUCAGAAGCGCUGGUUGUAUCAAAAGGAGAUGGAGGUCACUCUUCAUCGUCACCGUCGAAUAAGAAGCAGAGCUCUUCUUCUGGAGCUGGUGUAGCAUCUCCUGGAGGCAGUCGCGGUGGUCAGCAAUUAUCGGGAGAAGCAGUUGCUGCUAGAGGAUUUCUACUUAGCGAACAAGAACAGAGAGAAGAAUUAUCGCCAGGAAUGUUGACCAGGAGGCUGCAGAUGCGGCACGACAAUGCGGC